AUGCAUUACCUCUUGGAGGAAUCAUUGCUUGCCGCCUGCAUGAACCUUGGAAAAAGUGUAAUUCUGCAAUGUCUACAACAAGAAGUUCUUCCCCCUGAUGGCACAACAGAUGUGUUAUCUGGUGCUUGUCAGGCUCUGGCAGAGGCAAUUUUGAAGAGUGUGCAACUCCGAAUUUUGGAAGAUGGCUGUGUCACUCAAAAGGAGAUCCUUUCAUACGCAUGCAGUGAAUUGGCAAAGCUCAUUAAAACCCAAUGUCCUCGUGGUCCAGGUGAGAUGUGCCGAAUGCAGGGAGAACUGGAAUAUGCACUCUCAGAAGCCUCAAUAGCUAGUAAGCUAGCGGAAGUCAUAAACACUCGAGAACUAGUUGAAUGUGUAUGUAGUCAACAUGAGGCUGGAUUGAGGACAGUGUUAUUGACGGCCUGUCAGUGGUUAGUGAAUGAUAUUAAAGCAUUAUUCUUGAGUGAGGAAGUAUGGAGCAAUUUCUUUGGUGAUACUCAUUCAGUACUUGCAGCAUUGUACACCCACCUGAGACCUCUGUUGAACAUCAUGGUGUACCAGGUGAAUAUACAAUCUAACAAAGCAUGGGAAUGUACUGGUCCUGUUGGAAUUGUAUCUCCAGAAAGCCCUAAUAGAUAUAAAGGGGAACUGGAUAAAAAUGUUCGAAAGCAGAACGAAGUAAGAUAUGAAAAACAGUUUAAACAGAAAUGUCUCAACAGAAAAGAAAAACAAAUAUUAAAUUAUAAUGACUCGUGUAUUGCUCACAGCUCAAGCAAAACAGGAUUCCAGACUUUGAUUAAGGAUUCUGAAACAAAGAAAACAUUUUACAAAGAGAAGGUGAAAUAUACAUACCAAAGUCAGGAUUACAAAAUGGUUAUAAACAACAGAAAAACACAGACCAGCUAUAUAAUUGGGCUGAUGAACACUGAAGUGGAACAAGCUUGUGGUUCCACGGUUUUAAAGCUGUGGUGUGCAUUGAUCAAUACUAAUGUAUUUGCGUGCAAUGAUUUGUAUGAUGAGAAAGCUUGUUAUCUUAUAACAUUUGGUAGGUAUCCAGUUGGCCCAUUGGAGUUGUUGAGUUCAGUCAAUUGUAAUGACAGUGCUUUUAAAGCUGAUAUAACUCUACGCGAAAUCAGUUGUCCAAUCUGGCCUAAGGACAAAUCCGUGAUCAAAAGGUGGUUCCCUGACCCUAGAUCUCAGGCCAUAGAAGAGAUUGGAGAUUGGGGAAACCAAUGUCUGCAAAUAUGGGCAAUUGGUUCUAAAAAAAUUGAAAAAAGGUACCCCAAAACAAUAAGUGUUAGAUCAGUAGAAAUGAGAAACAGAUAUGCAAAAGAUGAUGACAGUAAUCGCAUCAUGUAUCCGAAGAAGACCACUGGCUGUUUUUGUUUUUUCAAACACAAACAAAAUGAUGAAAUCUCACAUAGCACUUAGGGUUAUUCAGUGACUGCUCAAUUUACAAUUUUUUUGUUCUCUUUCAUUUGCA